AUGUUCCGAUUGUCAUCCACCGUGUUGCUAGUGCUAGUGGCAGUACUGACGGGAGAUUUCUGCCAUGCUGCUCGCCGUGAUGUGAGAGUUCGGGCCGUGCAGCCUCAGAUCGUGGUUGUGGAAGAGUACGAGGAAAAGCUGACAACGCUUCCACCUCCACCGAAACCGUAUGCGUUCACGUACUCUGCCGGACGUGCACCAGGACACGUCGACCGUACCCACAGUGAGGUAUCCGAUGGGAGUGGCGUUGUGCGCGGUUCUUUCUCGUACAUCGAUCCACGCAAUCAAGUCCGCACCGUCGAGUAUACGGCCGAUUCUAGUGGAUUCUAUCCAGUGCUGAGCCAUCUGCCAAAAACACCCCAACAGACGGAAGCUGUCGCACUGGCGCAACAGAAACAUUACGCCCUGUACAACAAAAUUGCGCAAGAGCAUGCCGACGCACACAGCGGAUUGACGGUGGAACCAAAGCUGCCCAAGGACACGGUUGCGGUGGCGAAAGCAAAAGAUCGCCAUUUUACACUGUACGAGAAGAUUGCCCAAGAGCAUGCACGAAUCGGAGCGGAACAGGAAGCGCAACGGUUGGCCUUUGAAGCUACCUCGGUGAAAUAUGAGGAGUGAUCAGGGUG